AUGGACGCCGACCUCGAGUCCGUCUCAGCAGGCUCCAGCAGCCGCAACGACAUCGUUGCCUUCAUCGAGCGCCGCCUCCAACAGCAGCGAGAGGCGGAGCAAGCCCAGGCCUCGCCGCAACAGCAGGACACUCCUUUUGGCGCGAACCAUGAACGACGGCAGGAAUUCCGUCGCAUGAUAGAUCCAGGUAUCCUCAGACCGAAUAGCAGCGAACUUGCCCUGCAAUCAUUACAAAUACUGAAGACGCUCGCAGAAAACAUACUUGCGCACCCUGAUGAAGAAAAAUACAGAAAAUUCAAGCCGACAAAUUCGAAGAUCAAGACCCUUCUGGUAGAACCAAAGGGUACACUGGAGUACGCAGUUGCCCUUGGAUUUCGACCUGAUGUGGUGGACUUUCAACCAUUCUAUGUCUUUGACACGCGGCGCAUGACCGACCUUCAAAUCGGGCUUGCAAUAAUCAACGAAACUCUCAGCCGCCAGGAAUCCAAACUUGAGCGCAAUCAGCGCGUGAUACUAGAAGCGAAAGCGGCAGAAGCAGCUGCGAAGGAGAAGCUCAAGCAGCAAUUCCUGGAUGAUCGCAAAACUACUGCCCUCCGAGGCCAGCUGGAACGCGAGACACGCGCCGCUCUUGCUGCGAAUCCUAAACCCCUGCCAUCACCCAUGUCCACGCGCUCCCGCACUUCUCAGACAUCGCGGAGGCCUGCUGGGGUCGUGCCAUCGAUGGGAGGGACGGGGCAAACGCUGAACGGAGUCGUAGUCGUCAGCCCAAGACCUGAAGGUGUACCCAAUGACAUUCCGCCACCAUAUGAAGGAUUGGAACUGGCCGAUGAGGACGAAGACAGCGAGGAAGAUUAA